AUGGAUCUGUUGAUAUAUUUGUCGGUGCUAGUGAUUUGUUUUGUUGAUUCUGACGCUGGUGGACAUGGGGGCAAACAUCAUGUUAAUUUGAAGAUACACCUGCCAGAAUUUAUACAUCAUGACCAUCAUAAGAAAGUUAUAACGAUCCAUCAUCAUCACCACAAACCAAAGAAAGAACAUCACCACCAUCAUCACCAUCAUAAGCCACAUAUACCUUACGGACAUCAUCACCACCAUCACCAUAAAAAGACAGCGACACAUUCCGUUUCAAAAGGACAUUCGAAUCACCAUGGACAUUCGGGUCACGGGCAUCAUCAUGGACAUCACGGUCAUCACGGACAUCACGGUCAUCACGGACAUCACGGUCAUCACGGUCAUCAUGGCCAUCACGGUGGUGGUCAUAAAGCACAUGACACGCCUAUUAUUUUUGAACCGCCAACAAUCAAUUACGAGCCUCCAGAGAUCAACUAUAGCCCACCAAGCUACGAUUAUACACCAACUACCUACCAACAUGACUUCAGCUACCAGCCAUCCAUACCAGUCACUCCUGAUGCACCACGUGUACAUGGCGUAGUACAUACAGUACGACAGGUAAAAGUAUUUGAUUCACUACCAAACGCUGUACCCAAUAUAAGAAAUGAUAACGCGUAUGAAGUGACGGAGGAGGGAAAUGAUGAUGAUGAAGAGGUAUUUACAGCAGUUAAUACUCCACAAGCCUUUCCCGGUACAUACGGCUUUAUCAAAAGUGCAGCGCCUGAGGGCAAUACAUUUUCAGAUAUACCCCAACAGAAUUCAGUACAAUCAAAUCCUGACCUAUUUAUGAACACAAUCCAACCCGUGAAUUAUGCAAAUUUGGAAAGUUUUACUGCUGAUCAGGGAAAUACGCCAAAAGUGGUAGAUGCACAAUUCCCUAACUCCGGAAAUGAGGCCGAAAAUGUAGGUUUCGAUGAUUUCACUAAUGUUAUAGGUGAUAUUGGUAGUAGAGCCUUAAUAUCAACAUCUGGUGGUUUCAAUGACGAUUCACCAGUUUCGUUUUCGAGACAAGCAGGAAUCCAAGAGUCCAUAAAUACAGAAGGAGUACAAUCUGUUAGUUACGCUACUAGAUAG